UUAAGAUGAUGUUAUCUCUUGUUCAGAAUAUUUCAUUUAGAACAUUUACACUUACUGGUUUUCAUGAUUUAGGGGAAUGGCGAGCCAUUCUAUCCAUUCCCUACCUUCUUUUAUUUUUAUUGUCUUCUGUAUCAAACAUUACACUCAUAUAUUUAAUUGUAUCUCAAAGGGCUCUUCACUCUCCAAUGUGUAUUCUAAUUGGUCUUAUGGCAGUUGUUGACCUCUCUUUGCCAAUAUUUUGUGUGCCUCACAUGUUGCUAAAUUUCAUAUUCAACUGGACAGAAAUUUCACUUGUAGGUUGUUUGGUGCAAAUGUUUUGCAUUCUGUUUGGUAUAUUUCAAUAUACUGUACUGCUUUGGAUGGCUCUGGAUCGUUUUUUUGCUAUAUGCAAACCUCUUAAUUACCACAAAUACAUGAAAAUGACCAAUUUUCUAAAAUUCAUCAUUUUUCCAGUUAUCAGAAAUAUGAUCUUAAUUACCACAAUGGUCUCUUGGGCUGGGAAAUUGACAUUUUGUUCAACAAAUGAAAUAAAUCAUUGUUUUUGUGAACACAUGGCAUUGGUUCAGCUGGCAUGUGGAGAUAUUUCCAUUAACAAUGCAUUAGGGCUUUCUGUUAUCUUUCUAACAAGGACUGCUGAUUUUAUUUUAAUUACAAUAUCAUAUGUGAUAAUACUUUCUUCUGUUCUGAGAUCUGGCAAAACCUGCUUUAAAGCUGUUAACACCUGCAUUACUCAUAUAAUUGUCUUUACAGUUAGUCUGACAUUUGCUUUAAUUGCUUUUUUGUCAUACAGAAUAAGCAACAACUUUUCUCCCUCCAGCCGUGUCUUCCUGAGUACAAUGUAUCUGCUUUUUCCAAGCUGUUUUAAUCCAAUUAUUUAUGGUGUACGAACCAAAGAAAUAAGAGAACAGUUUUUAAAAAUUAUUAAACAUGUCACGGUCUUUCCAAAGUAAUCAAAUAUGCACAUUGUCUCACAUUAUAGACAUACCAUUACAAAAAUCAAGUUACUUUAUAAUAAAACAAAAUGAUAUAGUUUUGCAGUUAUAUAACUACAUUGCAAUUUUAAAGUGUAGAUUGAAAUGAAAAUUGUAAUUGAUUAAUAAAAAAAUAUUCAUUUAAUGGAUGUGAUAAGUGAAUUGAUUGUAAUGCUUUUGGAGAGGAGUGAAAGGAACUUUAACUGUUAUCGCUGCUCUGGUUGACCAUGAAUUUGCUUUUGUAGCCUUCCCAUUUUCUAGCUAGUUCUCCUCUCUUUCAUGACAACUACUAACUGGUAAGUCUAACAUGCACUAUAUUUUAUCAAACUGUCAUUCAAUUAAAACCAUAAAACAGCUAAUAUGUGCUCUCUUCUGUAUAUGUGAGCUCACAGAUGGAAAAGAAUGGCUACGAAUGGUGCAAUUAUACUCUCUUGGACUCCUUUUACAGUGUACAUUGGUAUUUUGAUAAUUCAAUCCUGUGAUCUGUCAAAGAACAUUGGAAUGAUUUAUCAUCUGUUAGCA